CUAUCUCCCUCCCUAUAGCCUCUUCUCUUCUUUUCUCUCCCUCUCUCUCUCCCUCUCUCCCUCUCUCCCUCCUGUUCUUGCGCUCUGGUGUUCCCUCGUUCGUCUCCCGUGUUCCUCCGCCUCUGUCCGUUCCCUCGUUCGGGGGUUCCCCUCCGGGGUUUGGAGUGGUUCUGCGUGGGGCGCGGGAGGGGAGUGCGUGGGUAGAACCGAGAUGUUCUCCGGUUCUAAGGGCAGCGUCUCAGCCCGUGACUCCUUUGUGUUCCUUUCAGAGGCUGCGCUCUCAAACCAUGGUGCUGCUCCCAGGACCACAAGCCCAGAGAAUAUGCAAUGCUUAACGGUGACCAUCCUUCGAGGAAAAGACGGCUACGGCUUUACCAUCUGCUCCGACUCCCCAGUGAGGGUCCAGGCUGUCGACCCAGGUGGCCCUGCUGAUCUGGCCGGUCUACAGCAGUUGGACACACUGCUGCAGCUAAAUGGGCAGCCAGUGGAGCAGUGGAAGUGUGUGGACCUCGCCCAUGCUAUACGUAACAGUCAUAAUGAGAUAACGGUGGUGGUGUGGCGGACGGGUCCGUCGGUGAAGUCCAGCUACGAGGGCCUGAUCCACCGGCCGUCCUACAAGCCCUCUCCGUCCGCCUACGAGCCUCCGUCCCCCCCCAGCAAGAAGCGAGACAAGACCCCCCCGGCCGUGCCCCCCCUCCCGGCCCACCACCGCACUCGCCGCCUGCUCAUCAACGGCUCUGAGGGCGUCGGAGGAGGAGGAGGAGGAGGAGGAGGAGGAGUGGGGGGAGUGGCCAGCGGACUGGGCUGGGGGGCCGGCGAGAGACCCGGUGAUGAGCCGGACGCCAAGGGCCGGUCGUCGGGGGCGACGGCGCAAGGCCAGCACACACACACGCUGCGGGGGACCCGCGUCAAAGCGUCCAACGGGGACAACUACAUCAUCCUGUCGCCCAUCAGCCCUGGAGGCCAGGUACUGGCUGAGCCCCCCCCCCAGUGGUGCCGUGCACCCCGGCCCCCUCAGUGCCUCACUCCCACCGGGGUGCCCCCCCCAACUUAAGCCUCAUUCACAUUUACAACUAGGG